CAGUCACUGCCAGGCUGCUGCCGAGGCUCCAGAGAGAGGGAGAUGUCAGAGGCUGAGCUGCUCCCUUCCUUCAGUAGCACUAGUGGGGUUCAGCAGCCAGCAUGGCCACAGCUGCCUCCAGCCCCUACACCCUGCUCAGCUCCAGUCCCAUGAUCCACCCGGACAGCCAGGCCAUGCAGCCUGCUAGCCCCUACAGAGGACACCAGAAACUCCUCCAGAGUGAUUACCUGCAGAGCGUCCAGAGCAACGGGCACCCCCUCGGGCACCAGUGGGCGAGCAGUCUGUCGGAGGGCAGCCCCUGGUCGGCCUCCAUGGACCAGCAGGACGUAAAACCAGGCCGAGAAGACCUGCAGCUUGGCAUCAUCCAUCACCGCUCCCCGCACGUAGCGCAUCACUCCCCUCAUCACAACAACCAUGGCAACCACCCGGGAGCCUGGGGGACUCCGGUGUCCCACAACUCCUCCAUCACCAGCGGGCAGCAGAUCAACAUCUACUCCCAGACGGGCUUCACUGUCAACGGCAUGCUGGACCACGGUGGCCUCACACCUCCACCCAACCCGCAGGGCCAAGGCAUGCACCCGGGCCUCAGGGACACGCUCAGCCCCGAGCACAGCGACCUCGGCGGGCACCACUGCCACGACCACUCCGACGAGGAGACGCCGACUUCGGACGAGCUGGAGCACUUUGCCAAGCAGUUCAAACAGCGGAGAAUCAAGCUGGGCUUUACGCAGGCGGACGUGGGGUUGGCUCUGGGCACGCUGUACGGUAACGUCUUUUCCCAAACCACCAUCUGCAGGUUCGAGGCUCUGCAGCUGAGCUUUAAAAACAUGUGCAAACUAAAGCCGCUGCUGAACAAGUGGCUGGAGGAGGCGGACUCGUCCACAGGCAGCUCUAGCAGUAUAGACAAGAUAGCAGCUCAGGGGAGGAAGAGAAAGAAGAGGACGUCCAUCGAGGUGAGCGUCAAGGGGGUCCUGGAGACGCACUUUCUCAAGUGUCCCAAACCCUCCGCGCAGGAGAUCACCUCGCUGGCGGACUCGCUGCAGCUGGAGAAGGAGGUGGUGCGCGUUUGGUUCUGCAACCGGAGGCAGAAGGAGAAGCGCAUGACGCCGCCGGGAGAGCCGCCGCCGCACGAGGGACCCUAUUCUCACAGCGGGAGCGCGGGAGAUGCCUCCUCGUGCCAUGAUCUCUGACCGAAGCACCGGGAGGAACCCCCCCCCGGCACUGACUCUGAGCGCAGGGGCUCCGCGGUGGCGCGUCCCGGUACAGACUCCUCCAGCACUGAAACACAAUAACAAUAACAGAGAUACCUGUUCAGCCUUCGUCAUUUUCUAACUGUCAUGAGGGCAUUAUUCUAUAGCGGCAUAUCACAUUUCAGAUUACCUUUGGAGCCCGCCAAAUUAUUUUCUACAUCACGGAUAUAAAUACAAAAUGUGCCUAAUAACCUGCCAGCGCCUUUGGUUUGUGUCACCAUUUCUCAUCAGCUAUAAUAAUGAUAGGAUGGGACUUUUUUCUGCUGGAGUGAAACAAAUAAUCAUUUCUUAAUUGAUUUGUUGCAGCACCAGAAGCCGUUUUACAGUCCACCUCAUGCUUCCCUCGGGCUCAUACGAUGCUUUAGUUCUCAUCAUAUUUACACUCAUUAUUUUGUAACAUACUCUUAGCAGAUCUGUAAUUAUUUUUGCAUAUGCAAAUAUAGGCCCUCAUUCCAGUUGUAGAGGUAUUGCUACCAACAUAAUAGCACUUGGAGGGUUUGUUUUUAAAUUAAAUCCCUCCCUUAUGGCCUGUAGCUUCAGCCACACGCAGUUAUACAGCUAUUUAUAAAUUCAUUUAUUUGAUUUCAAUCAUCUUCGACCAUAUAAACUGUGUGGACUCUGAAACAGAGAAUAGAAAGAGGGGUUGACGACGCUAUACACCUGCCUAUAAUUUUAUUGUACGUUCAGUAUCAAAAUUUUAUAAUCUUAAAUACUCCUGUUAUUGGUUUAUUUCUUAAGUAUUUUUUCGAAUAUUGUACAGUUUUAUAUAUUACCCUUUUGAAGUCAUUAAUUUAAACAAAUGCUCUUAGUUAUUCAUGCACUUAAUUAGCAAUGUAAAAAAACACACACAAUAUUUUCAGUAAGAUUGAACUGUUUCGGCGGUUUUAUUCCAAAUUUCGAUGACAGCUCAAGUAAUUAUUUAUUUUCAGUAUAAAGCUUGUAUUAUGUUUUGAAAUAAACUAUGUAUGUUGUAAUAAACAAUUUCUUGCUACAACUGUUCACUGUCCAAAACAGAAUCCAGCUUCUGGUGAAUGAAUACUCAAUAUUUAGA